AACUCUUUUGACACAAUGAAUAACCCUGUCCGACGACAUGCCCCAGCUGCUGCAGUAGUUGCCAACAGAAGCACGUUCACGGGCACAAAGUCACUUCCAAAAAGAGGGCAGAUUAAGUCCAAGAUAGUGGCAGGGAUAUGUUGGACACGAGGCCCAAGGCCCAACAUAUUAGAAACAGAAAAAAAAAACAUAAUACCCGAAGAGCCCGACCCAAUACCAAUCAGUAAACAAUCACACACGCCGCCCCUCUUACAGAACGGAGAUCAGGUGUGGUCGGCGGCGGCACGAGGGAGGUUGGAAAGUGUCCGACACGGCGGAUUUCGCUUGGGCUUCAGUGUCGCAGCACCCAAACGCUCCAACCGCGACUCUAAAACGCAACGUGACCGAGGUCUUCGUCGGGCCUCCGCUCCGGCCGCUAUUUACUACUGUGGUGAAUUUGGAAAAUUCUCACUCUCGACGGAGGCGGAUCUUCGUGCUCUCGACGCGGAGCCUCGCUCACUCACUCUCGAAUGCGAAGCCUCACUCUUGAACUUCUCUCUCUGCUGUAUAAACAUUCUAGUUAUGGAAGAUUCUGAUCAACCAGCCAAAUCUGCUGAAAACCAGCAAACUGAACAAGUGUGUAGUUUUUUCAGAAAGCCAGUUAAUAAAAAGAAUAUAAGGAAACGAACUAUUGUUAAUGAAGAUAAUGAGGAGGACUCAAACAAUGAAACUUCUCUGUUGCAUAUUCAGAAGAAGACCUUAAAGCCUGAUAAUAAGUUGUACUUUUCCACUGGUUCUUCAAAAAGCUCUGCAUCUGCUGAACCCAGUGAAGAACCAGGAAAACCAGUCUUUCAGUUCGAGUCUUCAAAAGAGAUUCAAGUUCAGCAUGAUAGCAAAGCAACUGCAACACUAGAGACCGAGACUGAGUUUUCAAAAGAUGCUCGUGCCAUCCGUGAAAGAGCUCUUAAGCAAGCAGAGGAGAGUCUGAAAGGGAAAAGCCCAAGUUCUAAGAAUGAAAAAUUAUAUAAGGGAAUGAACAGUUACAAAGACUACAAGGCUGGCUUUCGUAGGGAGCAAACAAUUGCUAGUGAAAAAGCUGGCGGGUCACAUGGUCCUCUUAGGGCUUCAGCUCAUAUAAGAGUUUCAGCGAGGUUUGAUUAUCAGCCUGACAUAUGUAAGGAUUAUAAGGAAACUGGUUACUGUGGAUAUGGUGAUUCAUGUAAGUUUAUGCAUGAUCGAGGGGACUACAAGUCUGGGUGGCAGAUGGAGAAGGAAUGGGAAGAAGCUGAGAAAGCAAGGAAGAUGAGAUUGGCUGCAGGAGAGGAUGCAGAUGAGGAGGGUGCUAAUUUGACUGAUGAAGAUGAUGAGGAUUCUUUACCAUUUGCCUGUUUCAUUUGUAGAAACACUUUUGUGGAUCCUGUAGUAACCAAGUGCAAGCACUACUUCUGCGAGCAUUGUGCAUUGAAGCAUCAUGCAAAGAAUAAGAAGUGUUUUGUCUGCAACCAGCCAACUCUUGGCAUUUUUAACGUUGCUCAUGAGAUACGCAGGAAGAUGGCCGAGGAUAAAUCAUAAAAAUGUCUCUCUAGGAUCCAUGGAUCUCUUUACUUCAUGGAAGUUAUCUUUUCUCCCCCAUUUUAGUUUCAUGUUAAAGAUUGAUGCUAUGUAAUGAGUUGAAAACAUACCAGAAGUUUGCACAGUGGAAUUAGUUGAUUCAUUUUGUUGUAUUUCUUUGCCUUAUAGAUUCCAGAAUAUCUAAUGGUGAGAGACAUUUAUGAUAUACCCGUUUGUAUAUAGGGUCAUACUGUGGUUCUUUUUACAGUAGUUUGUUACCAAAUAAAUUUUGAAUAGAGCGACCUUUACUUACACAAUUCUUAUUGAAUUAUAUUGUUGUCAUUGUUAGCAA